AUGUCAGAAAGACUGGAAGUGAUUGACAACUUCAUUGAUGGAACGUUUAGCCCAACAGAUGAUUACCUAGACAGUUAUGAUCCAUCUACAGGGCAGGUGUGGGCUAAAGUUGCCAACAGUACAACUGAUGAUGUUGAGAAAGCAGUACAGGCUGCAGAGACAGCGUUUCCAUUAUGGUCAGCAACACCUGUGGAGCAGAGGUCAAAGCUGUUGCUGAAAAUUGCAGAAUUAAUUGAGGCCAGAUUGGAUGAGUUUGCAGAGGUAGAAUCUCGUGAUCAGGGAAAGCCAGUGUGGUUAGCAAAAAGGGUUGAUAUUCCACGCUUAAUUCACAACUUCCGCUACUUUGCAUCUUAUUCUCUUCAUGAUUUAAAUAUAUCUGCAGAACAGGCCGAAGCCUCCGCCAUUAGCUACACAGUCAAGUGUCCUAUAGGAGUGGCAGGACUGAUCAGUCCUUGGAAUCUUCCUCUCUACCUGCUGAGCUUCAAGAUAGCUCCAGCCAUUGCUUGUGGGAACACAGUCGUGGCCAAGCCCAGUGAGUUGACUUCAGCCUCCACGAAAUUGUUAUGUCAAGUCUUCCAGCAAGCGGGUGUUCCUAAGGGAGUCAUCAACAUUGUAUUAGGCUACGGGUGGACAGCUGGACGGUUUUUGGUAGAGCAUCCUAGAGUCAAGCUAAUCUCUUUUACUGGAGGGACAGCUACUGCAGAGGUCAUUCGUAAAAGUGCUGCCCAUCUGAAUAAAAAGUUUUCACUAGAGUUGGGAGGCAAAAAUCCUGCCAUUGUUUUUGACGAUUGUAACUUGGAGAAGUGUGUGGACACAACAGUCAGGUCCAGUUUUAUGAACCAGGGUGAAGUCUGCCUGUGUACCAGUCGUAUAUUUGUUCAGAGAGGCAUCUUUGAGAAGUUUCUCGAAGCCUUCAUCACCAAGACCAAAGCUCUCAAAGUUGGUGACCCCAAAGAUGCUGACACAUUUUGUGGGGCCGUGAUAAGCAAGCAGCACAGAGAUAAAAUUGUGAGAUACAUAGAGAAUGCUAAAGCUACAGGGGCCACAAUCAAAUGUGGGCAUGGAGUGGUGCCCCUUAAUCUGCCAGAUCGGUGUCAGAAUGGCUACUUUGUGCGUCCCACAGUGGUCACUGAUGUUCCUGAUGAAGAUCCAGUUAUGACAGAGGAAAUAUUUGGACCUGUUACUUGUGUAGUUGCCUUUGAUGAUGAGCAAGAGGUUAUCAGACGAGCGAACAGUGUGAGGUAUGGUCUGUGUGCCACUGUGUGGACAGAAAAUGUCUCCAGGGUACAUAGAAUUGCUCCUAAACUUGAGGCGGGAACAGUGUGGGUAAACUGCUGGCUUGUCCGUGACCUCAACUUGCCUUUUGGUGGAAUGAAAGAUUCAGGGAUUGGCAGGGAGGGCGGCAAAUAUUCAACAGAGUUCUUCACUGAAGAGAAAACCAUUUGCAUUCAGUAUUAG